UAGACAAGUCCUAACAUUCAUUAAGCAACAGAGAAUAAAAUCACUGCUUGCCAGUUCAGAGUACAACCACUCCUGACGAUUGGGCAGCCAUGGGAAAACUUAUGUGCCUCACUGUGAUCAUUAUGGUGUCUAUAAAUAAUACACCAGGAAAUUGUCAAACCACCAAAAACAAUGAAUGUAUUGCAGGUGUGCCAGGUAUUCCAGGUACACCAGGUACAAAUGGUCAGCAUGGACCUUCCGGCCGAGAUGGAAAAGAUGGACAGCCAGGAUCAAAAGGUGACCCAGGUAAACCAGGAGAACAAGGUCCACAUGGCCCCCCAGGGAAAAUGGGUCCUCCAGGAGCGACUGGUUUGAUAGGUUUCCCUGGUGCUCCAGGACUCAAAGGUCAACCUGGAUCAUGUCCCAGCAGAAAUGCUUUUCACGUCGGACUAAAAACAUCUAAUCCAAGUGGUGGCACUCCCAUUAAGUUUCAGAAAGUAUUUUACAAUGAGAAUGAUGUCUACAAUGUAGAAACUGGAAUUUUAACCUCUCCGGUAGACGGUGUAUAUUAUCUAACCUACCACAUCACAGUGUAUGGUAAAAAUGUACAUCUUACACUAAAACAUAACAGUCAGAAUGUGCAAUACAUGUAUAGUGUGUAUAGUUCAGGCACUCAGCAAGCUUCCGGUGCCUCUAUUCUAGUCAUGAAAAAAGGAGAUAAGGCUUGGCUAGAGGUCUAUCAGGAAAAAAAUGGUCUCUAUGCUGAUUCAGAUGAUGACACCACAUUUUCAGGAUUUAUGAUUUGAUUAUAAGCAAUUACUUUUA